CAGCCCGGGAAGACGCACAGCUCCGGGCGUCCUGUGGACGGCUCCUGAGAAAAUGCUCCAGCACUUUGGGGCAGACUUGCAGGGCUGGGUUCUUGGGGGUUUUUUUGUUGGGUUUGUUGUUUUUUUUUUCCCCCAGUGGGGAGGUGCGUCUUUAUUUACCCCCUUUUCCACCAAAGAUGGCCUUGGUCGCCCCGCGGCCCCCCAGAGGCCCUCCUGGGGAGGACGGAGGGCGGGGGGCCGGGGGGGGGGCGGCGAGGCGCCCCGCGUUGGGGGGACACGGCGCCACCCGGGUCCGCCGCUCGCCCCGCCGCGCUCUGACGCUGGGAGCCAUGUGAUGGCCCCCUCGCUAUAAGGCGGGGAGGAAGGCCGUCCUCUCUGGGACUCGGCCCCAGCCUUUUCACCGUCUUUCCGAAGGCCCGGCAAGCCGCCCCCUCCGCCCUCCCUCCUCGCCAGCCUCCUCCCCUCUCCUCCUCCCAGGACUAGGCACGCUCCCUCCUGCCCCGCAUCCAUUAAUGUCUGGGGGCUGAGGUGAGGAGAAAGAAGGGGGGAACCGGCUUCCAGGCGCAGCCCCCUCGCCCCCCAAGCCCCGACCCAAAAAAACCAAAAACAACAACAACAAAAAAAAACCACAAGACCCCCAUAAAGGGGGAGGGGAGGGGAAAAAAGAGAGACGGAAAGAGAGAAAUCUAAAAAGCAGCAACAAAUAUCCCGAAACAAAACCCAAACCAGCCGCCGCCUCCGAGCGGGCGGCGGGAGCGCUCCCGCGGCGCAGCGGAGCUGGGGGCCGGCGCGGCUCGGAGCGGCCCGCCUGCCCGAGGCGGCGGCGGCAGCGGGGCGGCUCUCGGCGGAGCGGCGCGGGGGCCUGGCGGCGGCGGCGGCGACGGCGGGGAGGGCGCCCGCCCGCCCGCCGCGCCGCGCCGACCGCCACCGAUGCGCUGCCCCGCCGCCGCGCCAUGACCCUGAGCUCCGAGAUGUCCGAGGCGUCGGCGCUUGCUGAGGAGACCGACAUCGAUGUGGUGGGCGAGGAGGACGACGAGGAGGACGACGAGGAGUCGCAGCCCCGCCGCCGCCGCCGCCGCCGCCGCCGCCGCUCCUACGCUGAGGACGAGGAGGAGGAGGAGGAAGAGGAAGAGGACGAGGAGGAUGUGGGCGACCUCCACGACGACGUCCUGCUGCCGCGGUCGCCCGUACGCGGCGGCGGCGGCGGCAGCGGCGGCGGCGGCGGCGGCGGCGGCGGCGGCGGGGCGGGCGGCGGGGACGGUGGCGGCGGCUCUCGGCCCCCCUCACGGGGCGGCCCCCAGCAUGCGGCGGCGGGCGGCGGCGGGGCGGGCGGCGGCGGUGGCGGCGGCGGCGGCGGCGGCGGGGCGGCCGGCGGCGGCAAGAACAGCCUGGUGAAGCCGCCCUACUCCUACAUCGCCCUCAUCACCAUGGCCAUCCUGCAGAGCCCCAAGAAGCGGCUGACGCUAAGCGAGAUCUGCGAGUUCAUCAGCGGGCGCUUCCCCUACUACCGGGAGAAGUUCCCCGCCUGGCAGAACAGCAUCCGCCACAACCUCUCCCUCAACGACUGCUUCGUCAAGAUCCCCCGGGAGCCCGGCAACCCGGGCAAGGGCAACUACUGGACGCUGGACCCCGAGUCCGCCGACAUGUUCGACAACGGGAGCUUCCUGCGCCGCCGAAAGCGCUUCAAGCGGCAGCAGCUCCCGGCGCCCGAGCUUCUGCUGCGCGCCGUGGACCCUGCCGCCUUCCUCCCACAGCCCCCGCCCCAGCCCCCGCAGCAGCCGCCCUGCGCCUACGGACCCUACGGCUGCGGCUACGGCCUCCAGCUUCAGCCCUACCACCCCCACUCCGCCCUCUUCGCCUUCCACCACCCCUCCCCGCCGCCUCGCCAGCCCCCCGCCGCCCCCGGCAGCGCCCCCGGCGCGGCGCUGGCCUCCGCCACCGCCGCGCCGCCGAGCCCCUUGCUGUCGGCGGCGGAUUUGGCACGGACGCCCUUCGGCUACCCGCACCCGCUGGGCCCGGCGCUGGCGGCCUCGCUGCACGCCGCCGCCAAGACCGGCAGCGGCGCGGCGCUGGCCCGCUCGCCCUUCUCCAUCGAGAGCAUCAUCGGGGGGGGACCCGGUCCCGGCCCCGGGCCGGGCCCGGGCCCCGGGCCGGGCGGCAGCAGCUGCGCGUCGCAGUCGGCCGCGGCGCCGGGGCUGUCCCGCUCGCUGGGGAGCGCCGGGGGCGGCCUGCCCCCCGCCGCCGCCCUGCCCGCCGCCCCCGGCUUCGCGGCCCGGAUCUCUAACUGUUAAGGGUUUGUGAGUCUUUCCGAAGGUAGGAUCUGGGGUAUCUGCUUUCUCUGAUGCCCGGCGGACGCCGCCCGGAGGGUCUGCGGGCUUUGCUUGGGGAUUGCGCGGUGGGGCUCGGGGGGCGCCGCGGCCGGCGCGCCGCCCGGGUCCGCUGUUUAUGCAAAGCCUGGUGUAGAUGCCGCAUGGGCAGGUGGUCACGCUCUUGGAAAGUUACUCCUUACUCCUUAAAAAAAAAAAAAAUUAUGGUGAUAAAUAACGGCUCUAAACCGUUAAAGUUCAGAGAUUCUCAGGUCUAGGAGCUUGAAAACAGUAAUGUACAGGAGGAAAAAAAAAAAGGCUUGAGGGAGGACAGCAAAGCAAUACUUUUUCAUUUUAGUACACUUGUCUCAUGUACUUUUAUAAAAGAAAAGAUUAACAUGUUUACACAGAAGGAAGUCAAGAUUAUCAUUUCUUAUUUUAACCUGUGUUUUGUAUUAUAAUAGACUUACGGAGUUUUUUAUUUUGUACUUUAUGCCUAUUCUUUACAAGGAAUAUUGUUAAAAAAUUACUGGCAAGUAUUAUUAUUGUACCAUUUUAAUGUACAAUUUUUACACAUUUUCGGAAAUAAAAUUUUUAAUUUUCAAAAAAAAAAAAAAAAAAAGAAAGAGGAAAAGAAACACCAGAAACAAACCCAAAGACCAAAGGAGCCGGGCCAGAAAUUGGCUUCGGACCCUUCUCUCAUUAAUACUUCUCCCUUCUUUGGGACACUGAUAUUUUUUUUUCUUCAGGAUUAAUAGCACAAUAGCCAAGGAAUUUUACAGCGUGAAAUUUAUUAUGUCUGGUUUUGACCGCAAAGAAGAAGAUCAGAAUAUGGUCUUUGCAGUCAAACCAUUGUUAACCCUUGCAGAGAAUGAAAGGGGGGAGGAAAAAAAAUAGAGCAAACACAAAAGAGGGAAUAAACAGAAAUAGGUCUCUCUCGUGGGUGUAAAGCCAAAGGGGAUUGAUUGAAGGCACCAAUGGGGAUUGAUUAAAAAGCCAGUUUAAAACUAUUUUUUUACUUUUGGGUGUGUUCUAAAUCACAACUACAUCACAGUUUGGUUUCCAGGAGGCCCAAAGGAAAAUGCUACUAAUAAGGGGCAUGUACCGAACUUCAGAGAGAUUUGUCCUAGACUCUUACGUUUCUGUGAUGAUAAUAGGGACAUGUGUUUCUACUUUUCAGUACAUAUAAUAUAAAAUGAGCAUUGGGAUAUCCUCGUGUGAUGAGAUGAUUAAGUGCACGAGCUAUGGAAGUAAGGAUAUGUAAGAGUACAAAACAAACCGUGAAAGCAGCUUUUCCAAUUCCGGACUGUCAUCUUAACCCUCAUAAGGUCAGCAUAUAUCUGUUUCAUAGACUACAGUAAUUUUUUAACUGAAAAGCCCUCCUCCAAUAUUCAGAGCUUAGACACAUAAAGAGUCGCAGGUUUUAUGAGCAGGCAUGGGAUCGCUGAUUGUGGACUGGGAACAUGCGUUUUUCAAACCAGGGAGGCGCUUUUCAAGUACGACUCUAUUUGUAACAAUUUAGUAGAUUCAGGGGAAAAUUAUGUGAAUUUUCGUAAAAAAAAAAAAAAAACAACACAAAAAGAAAAAGAAGAAGGUUUGCCUUUUAGUGCUCUUCAGAGUGAGGAGGGGAAGGUGUGUGGUUACAUGCUUUUACGUAUGGAAGUACCUCAUCGCCUGGGCUUUGAGUAUUCUCGUGAUGCUUUUCUAUUUUGUUUGUAGCAAAGCAGGGUUAAAUUAGCGGUUUGCAAUAAGUGGAAAGACUGGGUGUAAGAUCUCUGCUGGCCUCUGCUUACAGCCCGCAGCUGGAGGGCCUCUUUGGGUGUCCCGGAUCCCUUAGAGGACAAGGACGUAGAGUCCCGUUUGAUUUCUAAAGCUAAAGGGAAAAGAUGCCAGAGGCACCGCGUACGUGGCCUGCGUGCAGAGAACAUCCCUUUCACGGCGGACAGAUCAACCCGCUUUCCCCGGGCCUGGCCUGGCGGCCGCCCCGACCCAACGCGAGGUACCAAGCUCGGCUUGGGAGACCCUCGGAGGUGCGGCUAAAAUCAAGGAGGGGGAGUUUUUGUGAGGAAGAAGGCGGCGGUAGCCGUGAGCACUGCGGCCCCCGGCUCCCCGCCGCGGGAUGCCGCUUGCGGUCGGUCCGGCUCCGGCUGCUCGGGCGAGAGGCCGUGUCAGCCCCUGCGCUGUCCCCGUGCAGUUACAUGGGAACAGCAGGUUCCGGACUCCCGGUAUCUGUUUCUCUUGGCUUCCCCGCAGAAAACCCUGGGGGAGCCCGCCGACCUCCCCUGCCCGGAGGCCGGCCCGAGGGUGCCCACCGCCCUUCCCUCUGGUUUCUUCGGAGGAAAGCCGUGCCCAGAGGUGUAUGGCAAGGAAACUGCUUGGCCACUUGUUCGUCCGACGCUUUAUGCGGUCGUCUGCGCCCUGAGCGGGCAGGGCCUUCGCCUGGGAAUUUGGCAGGAGCAAAUGGCAAUACGUGGAGUGUACCUUUAUUUUUUUUUUAUUCUAAGCGCUGAGGAAAGGGGUCAGGGAAGGGGUCUGUGGUGCUAGGGGAAGAUCCCUUCGCUUCUUUUUUACGAGUCCGCGGGGCAGCCGCCCAGCCUCGUCCCCGGGGCCCGGCCGUCCCUGUUCCCCGCGCCCUAGCGCUGCGCUGCGGGCUGGAUGGCGGCGGCGGAGCCGGAGCAGGUGCCGCUCGGCAAGGCGCCGGCCCCGCAGCCCUUUAAUGGGCUGGCAGCAGCACCGCCGCGCCGCAGAGCCCCCCAUUCGCAUGUAAAUGGCACGCCGUGUCGUGCCCCCCCGCCUCCCACCCCGCGCCCCGGCUUUCAAGGCGAACAGAGGGGACGUGUAGUCCUUGCAAAGACGGAGCCCAGACGAACUGCUGCUCCAAAACAGGCUGGGCCCUAAAAACCAAGCUGCGGGGACAAAACAGGAUGGUGUCGUCUCCUUCUCCUCCUCCCAGCUACAAAGUGUGGAUUCAUUAACCCGUCUCCUUUUCCCAUCAUAUCCCCGUAGGGCUGAGAGACGAAUUACUGGAGCUGAAUUGGGAGGGGAUUGCUCUACGAGGGGGCUAAUGUUUCAAUCAGUUCCUCCAGAAGGACCACACAAAAAGAAACUUUUUAGUUUAUGGUGCUAUUAUGCAGACUUUUAAUCUAGGGAUAGAUUUAGCCAAAUGUUAUCUAUUGGGAAUUUAAUGAAGCCCUUAUGUAUUCAAUCGCUUUUUUAUGCCACACACAGUGUCUCUAUCGUUUCCUUCCACAUAUUUCUUUGUUUCUGUUGGGUGAUUUAUAUAUUUUUAAUUAGUUUUUUUAAAUUAGUUCUUUUCAAGCAUCUUGUAUAACGUUUCUCUCAAGCGGGACUGUGUUAGGUCCCUUCCCACAUCCCCUAUAAAGGAGCUUCUCCUUCCCUCCCCCGUUUCGAAGCUCAUCAGUUCGCACGUCCGCACACUGCGCCCUUCACGCCGGGGUGCUCCCCCCGCCUUGUGCAGAGGGGCCCGACAUCGCGCUGGCUCUGCCGGCACUGCCGUGGGCUGCGGUGGGCAGGGCAGCCCGGGGUUCUGGCCUGGCGGGUCCCGGUCCGCGGCUCCCCGGCCUUGAAGUCAGCCUCCUCCCACACCUUCCCCAUCCUCAGCUCCUUCAGGCCGUACAUUUCCUGCUGGUUAUUUUUCUGGUGCAGCGAGAGGCACCCCCUGGGGCCAGCGGGGUGUCAGCUGGUGCACUCCCCGUCCUUGCAGGCUGGUUUCAGGUGUCUAGGGCUGUCCCCGAGUCCGGAGGGCGACAGGCGGGGCAAGGGCCUCACCUACUCUCAGCUGCUCCCUUUCUUGUAGCGCUGGUGGCAUGGGCAGGGCGCACGGUCGCCCCCGCCGAGACUCAGGCCUGUGCGGGGGAUCUGCUGGAAAGUGGAUCUGGUUUAAUGGUCCCUUGGCACGGCCGGGAGGCUCCGCUCCCUAUGUAAUCCUUUCCCUCAUUACUUGCAGUAAGUACUUCAGUAGUCUCUGAUAAUAUUGUAUUUGACAGAAAUCGUGGAAAUUAUAAACGUGGCCAAACGCUCCCUACGCCGGGACUCGCUAACCAAAGCAGACCCAUUUUGCAGCUUGUUACCAGCGGCUCCCCCAUCCGCAGCGAAGUUUCGCCCUCUCCCCUUUCGGCCGCACGCACCGGCGGGACCCGAGGGGAUCGGCGGGGACAGGCCGCCGUGUGCCCGCAGCCGGGCGCCCUCCAAGCAGGUAGGUGUCUGCGGCCCGCACCCGCACGGCCCCGGGGACCUGCCGCAGGUGACUGCAGGACUUCUCCGUCCUUCUCCGUGAGUCCUUUCCCCUCCACAACACCCGCCCCGGGAGCCACGUCGAGCAGCCGCCGUGGGCUCUCCGCUCGCUGCCCGGUCCUGCGCUGCGAAGCGCGUCUGAGAUGCGGAGGAAAGAUUCGUGUGUGUAUGUACGUGUGUGCGGGGAAACGGCGCUCCCGACGGUAACGAGCUGCUUUCGGAUCCCCGCUGCGGCAGCAAAUGUGCUCGUUGCAUCUUUGCGCAGAUGGGUGCCCAUCGAUUUGGGGGGAGGCGGAGACCUGCAGGCGAGCCCCAGACGGGUAAACCCCUUGUUCCUGUUUUUCUCUUGCAGAAGAGCGCCGGUUCCUGCCGCUGGUCCCCGCCCGGAGGGCUGCUGCGGACUGCCGGCCCCGCCGGCCUCCUCUCCGCCGCCCGGCCCGCCUCGCCGCGCAGCUCCGAAAGAGGAGAGGGA